CCAUUGGAGAAGCCCCCUGCCUGCCGGCUUCCCAGGGCCCUGCCUUCCCCUACUGAUCGUUGCAGCAGGUCGGCUCCCAUGAAACCCUCAAAGGCGUCCCAGCGCAGUAGAAGCAUCCGGAGAAAUGCCAGCCAGCACUACUUCUACCAGGAGUCCCUGCUGCUCAGCAACUUGGAUGAUAGCUUUAAUGCUGAUGAAACAGGGGACAGCAACGAUCCAGAACAAAUCUUCCAGAAUAUACAGUUUCAGAAAGAUCUCAUGGCAAACAUUCGCUGCAGACCCUGGACCAUGGGACAGAAGCUGAGGGCACUGAGACGAGCGAAGGAGAUUGUGCUGAAGUUUGAAGGGAGGCUGACCAGGACCCGAGGCUACCAAGCAGCAGGUGCAGAGCUCUGGCGCAAGUUUGCUCGUCUCGCUUGUAACUUUGUGGUCAUCUUCAUCCCCUGGGAAAUGAGGAUAAAGAAAAUCGAGAGUCAUUUUGGAUCUGGUGUUGCCUCCUAUUUCAUAUUCUUGAGAUGGCUAUUUGGAAUUAAUAUUGUGCUCACGAUUAUGACAGGUGCUUUUAUUGUCAUUCCAGAGCUCAUUGCAGGCCAGCCCUUUGGAAGCACGGCCAGCAAGACCAUCCCCAAGGAGCAGGUUGCAUCUGCCCAAGACCUGGACACCGUCUGGUCCCUGGGGGGUUACCUCCAGUACUCAGUCCUCUUCUACGGCUACUAUGGCAGGGAGCGAAGGAUUGGCAGAGCAGGCUACCGGCUGCCCUUGGCGUAUUUCCUGGUGGGGAUGGCAGUAUUUGCUUACAGCUUCAUCAUUCUCUUAAAAAAGAUGGCUAAGAACUCCCGCACGAGCCUUGCCAGUGCUUCCAAUGAAAACUACACCUUCUGCUGGCGGGUGUUCUGUGCCUGGGACUACCUCAUUGGGAACCCAGAAGCUGCAGAGAGCAAAACAGCUGCCAUUGUGAACAGCAUCAGGGAGGCUAUACUGGAAGAACAGGAAAAGAAGAAAAGCAAAAACCUAGCAGUGACCAUCUGCCUGAGGGUCAUCGCCAACAUCCUGGUGCUUCUCUCACUCGCGGGGAGCAUUUAUCUCAUCUACUUCGUGGUGGACCGGUCCCAGAAGCUGGAGCAGUCAAAGAAGGAGUUGACGCUCUGGGAAAAGAAUGAGGUGAGUGUGGUGGUCUCGCUCGUCACCAUGCUAGCACCAUCAGCCUUCGACCUCAUCGCUGCGUUGGAGAUGUACCACCCUCGAACUACACUGCGCUUCCAGCUGGCAAGGGUCCUUGUGCUCUACCUGGGAAAUCUCUACAGUCUGAUCAUCGCUCUCCUGGACAAAGUCAACAGCAUGAGCAGUGAGGAAGCUGCUACUAAAAGUAACACAAGUCACUGGAUAGAUUCUACCAUCGUCUUUGCCACCAAGGCAGCCCCUGAAGAAGAGAAAUGGUCCAUGCCUGGGCCUGGGAUAGGGCUCAGGAGAAACAGCACAUGGGCCCUAGAAGAAGCUAGCAUCCCAACUUACACUUUGCCUCUCUCAGAGGCCAACAAGACCACUGUCUACACCCAGAGUCCUCAAAACCAGUGCUGGGAAACCUAUGUUGGGCAGGAGAUGCUGAAGCUCUCCAUCAUCGACAUGCUCUUCACUGUGGCCAGCAUCCUGCUCAUAGACUUCUUCCGAGGACUUUUUGUUCGGUACUUAAGUGACUACUGGUGUUGGGACCUGGAAAGCAAGUUUCCUGAAUAUGGGGAAUUCAAAAUAGCGGAGAAUGUGCUACAUUUAGUCUACAACCAGGGAAUGAUCUGGAUGGGGGCCUUCUUCUCUCCGUGCCUCCCUGCCUUCAAUGUCCUCAAGCUGAUUGGGCUCAUGUACCUGAGGAGCUGGGCUGUGCUGACCUGCAAUGUGCCCCACCAGCAGGUGUUUCGAGCCUCCAGAUCCAACAACUUCUACUUGGCCAUGCUCCUGUUUAUGCUCUUCCUCUGCAUGCUGCCAACCAUUUUUGCCAUUGUCCGGUACAAGCCCUCCCUACAUUGCGGGCCGUUCAGUGGACAAGAGAAGAUUUAUGACAUUGUGUCAGAGACGAUUGAGAAGGACUUUCCUGCAUGGUUUGGCUCUGUGGUGGGGUACAUCGGCAGCCCUGUGGUCAUCCUGCCGGCCGUGCUGCUGCUCUUCAUGCUCAUCUACUACCUUCAGAGCAUCGCAAGAUCACUGAAGCUCAGCAACCACCAGCUCAAAAUGCAGAUCCAAAACGCAAGAUCUGAAGAUAAGAAAAAGUUUGCCCAAAUGGUAGAAGCCCGAAUCCAAACCCAGGAUGAAAGCACCAAGAGGCUCCCACAGGACAUGGAUCUGGGCAGCCAGCUAUCCUCGGCUCCCUUGGCGACACCCCAGAACAAUGGCAACGUGGUCAAUUUUGACUCAACAAGCAGCAAAAGUGGCAGGGUAGAGACCGUCACCCAACCCACACCCCAGAGUCCCUGGCCAGGGACCAGCAGUCCUAGCUCGCCUCUUCCUGGCAUCUCCAAAUCCCGGCCGGAGCCAGACACCAACAGGUGUCCACGUGGCCCGUGUGCAAGCACAGGAGACCGUCACAGGAACAGAUCCUGCACACCUGCGACACUCACAAAGCACACGGAAGACAUUCACUCGGAACCUCUUUACCGAAAAGACUUUCAGCAAAUCAACCCUCCCCUUCAUGGACCGGGGGUCUCGGCCCCGGUGCCACAUGGUCAUAGGCCCCACGCUCCCAGAUACUAUAUCGUCAAUGAACGUGACGCUCACAAAAAAACACACCCAACUUUCCGGCCAGAAAGACAUUUCAAGAUAGAUGCCUUACGGGACGUCGUGGAGAUGUACCCCAGGAACGUGCGACAGUGUUUGUCCCGGGGCCCCCAGCAGGCUCGCUCUCCACAGCUGAGCGAAGAGGAAGAGGAGAUGCUGAGGAGAGAGCUGAUCAAGUGGUCCUUCCAGCCACGCUCCCUGACAGACCUCCGCGGGGCUCCCCACGUGUACGCUGGCGAGAGGUCAGCGAGUCAGCCGCUGGCUCCUGAGCACCAGGCACGGAGGCACCACAAGUCUUGGCACGACGGUUUUGAGGGUCUUGACAGGCUUAUGUAUGUGCACAAAAAGCCACGCUCCCGGAAUUUCCAGUACCCACAGCACCCUCUGAAGCCCAGAGGGAAGCCCAGGUUCGAGCCAUCCCUCACGGAAUCUGACUCCGUGUCAGCAGCCUCCAGUAGUGACCAGCAGAACAGCAGCACUGACCAGUACCUCCAGAUCACCCGCAGCCAGGGCAAGUUCUCGAGGUCUGCAGGCCAGCUCGGCAGGAGGAAGGCCACGUCCAGGCAGGAGCUGGCCACGGAUCUGAACGACCUGAUUUGUUCAGAUGUCUAGGGGCUCCUUCUGGUGUCCCGUCCAUAGAGGUCAGAGCCCGGUGGGAGUGCUGGUGUGGUCUGACAGGUGUGGUCCUUUCUGGAAAGAGACGAACACACCUGGUGGGUGUUAGAGACCUGUAGGGCGUCUCCAGGCCUGUCAGCUGCUGGCUG